AUGGGUGAUGGGGGUGCCGAGCGCGACCGCGGCGGGCACUGUAGCGGGCACCGCGGCGGAACGAGGGGACAUAGCGGGAGGGACUUCACCGGGACGUCGGAGAGCGGCGCUGAGUGCGCUGGGCAUCACGAAGUGCACGAGACCGACCACUGCCGCCGCAUUCUGGUGCGAGAUGCCAAAGGAACCAUACGGGAAAUUGUCCUGCCCAAGGGACUGGACCUGGACCGGCCCAAGAGGACCCGCACCUCUUUCACCGCGGAGCAGCUGUAUCGCCUGGAGAUGGAGUUCCAGCGCUGUCAGUAUGUGGUGGGCCGUGAGCGCACCGAGCUCGCCCGCCAGCUGAACCUCUCCGAGACCCAGGUGAAGGUGUGGUUCCAGAACCGCCGGACCAAGCAGAAGAAAGACCAGAGCCGAGACCUGGAGAAGCGGACAUUGUCCUCAGCCACCAAGGCCUUCGCCACGUCCAGUAUCCUGCGGCUGCUGGAGCCGGGGCACCUGCUGUCCAUGCCCAGGGUCCCCAGCCUGCUGGCGCUGAUCCCUGACCCACCCGGCCUGCCCUCUGGCCACACAGGCACCCCUGGGGGUGACCCCAGGAACUCCUCCCUGUGCCUCACCCCGCUGCCCUCUUCCAAGGCGUCCCCUCCACUGCCACCCCUGCCGUCCACCCUCUGCCUGGCAGCUGCUCCCCUUCUGGACCUGUCCAGUGGCUGCCGACUUGGUUCCUCUGCCUUCGAGCCCUACAGCCGGCUGGAAUGGAGAGAAGGCAGCCCCGGGGGCAGCAGGAAAGCCAGUGCUUAA